AAUCAGAACUUUGACUUCAAACGCAGCGAUAGAAAUCAAAGCAGGCGACAAAGUUUGAUCGAUAAUUGUGAAGCAUGUGGGAGCAUUUGAAGCGCUUAGGCCUUUACAUACUAUAUGCUUAUCAGAAUUGUAACAGAAAUUGUAGCGUAGCGUCAUAAAGCGCGCAUAGCACAGAGUUUUCGGCCCCUUUCGAAAAGGUAAGUUCAGAGAAAAUACACAAAAAAAAAAAUACGGAGAGAACCAAAGGCAGUCGCAUGGAGGAGCUGCAGGACGCGAGCAUACAUCACUCGACGGCCAAAGUUAUCGCGGCCAUCAAGAAUAUCAAGCGCUAUGAGCCCAUCUACAAGGAAUUGCAGCGUCUGGUGUGCACGCCCAAUGUGGACAAGAACGAAAUGCGAGCCACUCUGGAGACGGCCAUCAAGACAGCUGGCCUGGAGACGGAAAUUCGUAACAUUAUCUUCAACUUGGUGCGCACUCGACUAGGAAAGCCGCAGGACAAGGCUUCCGCCGCUACCACCAAACAGAAAUCCACACAGAGCGACCCAGUUGGCUACUUGAAACGCGCCGGCGUCAUGUGGGAUCGGCGAGUGCGGAAGAGCUUGAAUGCCAUGUGCGCGGAGCUGAAGGUGCCGCUGCACGGCCAGCCGCGCAUCAGCGCCGACCGGGAGGACUUUGUGGCCAAGUGGAACGAGCUGAGCAGCUACAACAUGGAUUUGGCCAACUAUCGCCCUGUGUAUGCGCCCAAGGACCUGUUGGAUGUCUUCCUGUCACUCAAAGGACCCGCCAAAUCUGGGGAAAAUACCGAUCAAAUACCGAAAUGGGAGUUCUCGCACAUAGCGCUGCCCGUCAAGAACCUCUUCGAGUUGCGAACCCACUUCGCCGAUCUGCUGCGCAGCGAUAACUAUAUGGGUGUCUCGGAUCCCAAGGUGCAGUGUCAGCGCAUACUGGAGGCCAAGCACGCGCCUCUGUGCCAGCAGUUUCUGAAGAAGGGUUGCACGCCGGCUCCCUAUCGCGGCGCCCUCUGGGCCUCCGUGCUGGACACCAAGUUGCACGACUAUGACAUCGAGUACUGGCAGAAGCUGCGCAACGCUGUCUGGACCACCGACCAUAUUGUGGAUAAGCUUGUCUUUAAGGACAUACAGCUGACGGCCUCGAACGAUGACCAGUACUUUGUGUUCGAGGAUGUGCUUUACCAGGUGAUGUUGUGCUUCUCGCGGGACACGGAGGUCGCCAAUUGCGUGGAGUACGAGAGCUUUCCGGUCAAGGGCAGGAUCUACGAGGGCCCACCGUCGGGUGUGGUGCCCUUCCACGGCAUCUGCAUGUUCGCCGCACCCUUCUGCUAUCUCUACGACUCGCCCAUGAACCUGUACUUUACCUUCCGAGCCUUCUACAUACGCUACUGCCACCGCCUAACCACCAUCAAUACGCAUCCGCAGGGCAUCAUCAGUCUGUGCCUGUUGUUCGAGAAACUUCUGCAGACUUACGAGCCGGAGCUGUGGUCGCACUUCCGGGAGCUGCAGAUACAGCCCUUGCGCCUUGUCUUCAAGUGGCUGAUGCGCGCCUUCUCCGGACACUUGCCGCCAAAGCAGCUGCUGGUUCUGUGGGAUCUGAUUUUGGGAUUCGACAGCUUGGAGAUUUUGUCCUUGUUUUCCAUCAUAAUAUUGAGCUUCCGCAAGGAGAGCAUCAUGCAGGUUAACUCUCUGGACAGCAUUGAGGCCAUACUGGCCGACCUGUCCUCCAUCAAGGUGCUGCCCCUGGUGCAAAUGGCCUUGAGUCGUGACUGAGCGCUUCCUUUACUACCAAAUUCGCAAGUUCAUAUUAAUAUUUAAUCUGGAGAAAUGAAAUGUGAAGCAGCACUAUUGCUCUUCUAUCGACUUCAUACUUGGAAAAGUCAUUUUUCAAAAACUGAAAUAAAUUACACUGCCUUUGUUUUGUUAACCACAAAUUAUUCCAAAAAUUAUACAUAAUUAUACAUUGUCAAUCCGUUUUGCAUAAUAAAUGAUAUCUGUGUUC